AUGAUUGAUUUAACGGAAGAAAUAACAGAACCGUCAUCCAUACACAUUACAGAUGAAGAUCAGAGAAGAGCUGGUGAUAUUUUUCUGGAUUAUAGCGUAUUUACCAAACCCGUAUAUGAAACACCAAAAAAGCCACAACCUAAACAAACCGGAAUUAGAAAUAUUAUGGUUACAUCAGCAUUGCCUUAUGUAAACAAUGUACCUCAUCUGGGCAACAUGAUUGGAUCGACCUUAAGUGCAAGUGUAUUCGCUUUGUACUGUGAUUUGGCUGGAUAUAAUGUGCUAUCUAUUUGUGGAACUGAUGAAUAUGGAACUGCGACUGAAGCAAAAGCAGUCUCAGAGAAUAUGACUCCUCGUCAGAUCUGUGAUAAGUUUCAUAAGUUGCAUUGUGAUAUAUACAAAUGGUUUCAAAUUGAAUUCGAUUAUUUUGGACGAACUACUACUGAUCAACAUACCGAAAUAGUUCAGGAGUUGUUUAAACGCCUGUGGGAUAAGGGUUUUAUCACUGAAGAUUCUGUUGAACAGUUGUAUUGCGAAAAAUGCCCAAAAUUUCUUGCAGAUCGUUUUGUUGAAGGAGUUUGCCCUUUGUGUAAAUACGAUGACGCACGAGGUGAUCAAUGUGAUAAAUGCGGGCGUCUCAUGAAUGCUGUUGAAUUAAUCGAACCACGUUGUAAGAUAUGUUGUCAAAGACCUGUGGUGCGUUCUUCACGCCAUUUGUUUCUUGAUCUUCCAAAGAUUGAAAGCAAGUUGAGUACAUUCGUUGAACAACGUAUUAACGAUUCCUCUUGUAUAUGGACCUCAAAUGCUUGUACUAUAUCAAAUUCAUGGUUGAGAGAUGGUUUAAAGCCAAGGUGUAUUACACGUGAUUUGCAUUGGGGUGUACCAGUCCCAUUGGAAGCUUAUAAAGAUAAAGUGUUUUAUGUUUGGUUCGAUGCACCUAUUGGUUAUAUUUCGAUUACGGCAAAUUACACAAAACACUGGAAGGAAUGGUGGCAACCAUCUGAUGACAGUGAAAUUGAAUUAUUCCAAUUUAUGGCAAAAGAUAAUGUUCCAUUUCAUGCUAUUGUAUUUCCUUCAUGUUUGUUAGCAGCCGAUGCUGGUUAUACUCUCGUAAAACAUCUACUUUCUACUGAGUAUAUGAACUAUGAAAAUACCAAAUUUUCAAAAAGUCGUGGAAUUGGUGUAUUUGGUGAUGAUGCAAUGAAAUCAGGUGUUAUAUCAGAUGUUUGGAGAUUUUAUUUACUGUAUCGUAGACCUGAAUCACAAGAUAGUGCUUUUAUCUGGGAUGAUUUCAUGUUGGUAAAUAACUCAGAAUUGUUGAAUAAUUUAGGUAAUUUUGUUAAUCGAUCUCUUUCUUUUGUGUCACGAUUUUUCAAUUCGAUUAUUCCAUCAAUAACAAAAUUAGAACCGGUUGAUACGGAAUUUUUGGCCAGAAUUAAUAAACUCUUCGCUACUUAUAUGCGCAAUAUGGAGUUAUGUCAUCUUCGAGAUGCUAUUCGAAAUGUAUUGACAAUUGCUCGUCUUGGUAAUGGUUACUUUCAAGCUAAUCAACCGUGGGUCGCUGUUAAAAAACCGGAAACAAAACAGCGUUCUGGUGUUGUGAUAAGCGUUGCUGCGAAUGUUGCUUGUCUUCUUGGUGCUAUGAUUUAUCCUUACAUGCCUACAAUUGGAAAACAGAUCUGGAUUGAGCAGUGUGAUCUUCAGGAAUCCCAAAUGAGUUUCGUGCAGAUUAUUAAAAAUGAAUUUACAGUGAAGAGGUUGUUACCUGAUGGUCAUCGUAUUGGAAAGAGUUGUAAACAGACAUAAGUAGGAUAUGAUCAACCACAAAUACCCAUCAGCCAGAGGAAUAGGAAAGCUGUAGCAGUAGGAUUGAACCGAAUGAGAAAAAGAGAAAUAUGCAAUUUCGAAGAAGGAUUGAAAGGUGUAGAGUGUUACAAUACCUCAAAUUUAUAAGAUAAAUAUUAGGUAAUUAUAUACGGUUUUAACAGAUUUUACGUCGUAGCAACAUUUUUCAGCUAUAGCAAGUUGGCGGAAGCCAAGAUUUUGUCAAUCAUCAGACGCCUAUCUAUCUUGGCUGACUGCACUUCUAAGGCAACUGAUAUUCAUCUCUUUUUACCAUUACAUGAAGUAUUUUUGAUGCAUUUGAUUAUUUAUUUUGAAUUUCCAAAUUACUAGGAUAAAUUGCACUGAAAGAACUUAAUUUUCUUCUUGUUUUGUAGCCAGUCCCUCUUUUUCGGAAAA